ACGUUCGCCUUCGUGCUUUUGCGGCGUAGAACAGAACAUGUUUCACACCUGAUAGAUGAUCUAAUCUUGAGAAACAUAUAGAUCUUCUCGGAGGGUUGUUCGAUUAAUCAACCAUCUUCUAAUCAACAGGUAAGCUCCAGGGGUCGGAAGUCUUGGCCGACGGGAGCCGAGUGCUUUGUCAGGUGUUAUGUGAUUCCGCCGUAAGCAGCGGGACCAACGUCAUAGGCUGUCCCCGCCAUUGGUUCUCCAGCAAUAUAGUUCUGGUCCUCGAUGGCUACUUAAUUCCUGACACCACCACCCCUCCCUUCAACCCCUUCCCAUGUCUCGUCUUUUUUCUGCACUGCGUCGAACCCAACAAAUCUCGCAGUUGAUCACCCAACCCAGAAUCCUCACAUCCUACAGAAACUCCGUCAGCCCCGCACAGCUCCUCCCCUCUUCAACGCGCAGCAUGUCGACUGGUAAUGCCGAUAAGAUCACCGACUGGGUCAGUCGCAAUGACAAAUCGGGCGAGUUCAAACGCCAGACUUCAGCCUUCCGCAAUUGGAUCUCUAGAGAGCCAGGCGCGGAAUUCCCCCCGGAAAAGGGCCGUUAUCAUCUCUAUGUCUCCUAUGCUUGUCCAUGGGCGCAUCGCACAUUGAUCACCCGGAAGCUCAAGGGUCUGGAAGAUUUUAUCUCCUUCACAUCCGUGCACUGGCACCUGGGCGAGAAAGGCUGGCGCUUCGUGACCUCAGACGAGAAACUUCCCGGAGAAAACACCACCCCAGACCCAUUACACUCUGAUGUCACCCACCUCCGGGACAUUUACUUCGCCAACGACCCAGACUACGCAGGCCGAUUCACCGUCCCAGUUCUAUACGACAAAAAGACACAACGUAUCGUAAGCAACGAGAGUGCCGAGAUAAUCCGCAUGCUCUACUACGAAUUCGACGACCUCCUCCCCUCGAACUCUUCCCAAAAGCUUCUCGACCUCUACCCAACCAAGCUUCGCAGCCAGAUCGACACCUCGAAUGAAUGGAUCUACAAUGAUGUCAACAACGGCGUCUACAAGUCCGGCUUCGCAACCACCCAAGAAGCCUACCAAAAGAACGUGACGACGCUCUUCUCCUCCCUCGACAAGAUCGAAGAACACCUUCAGAGCAAUGCCUCGCCGUACUUCUUUGGUUCAGCGCUCACUGAAGCGGAUAUCAGGCUUUUUACGACGAUCGUCCGGUUUGACCCCGUGUAUGUGCAGCAUUUCAAGUGCAAUAUCCGUGAUAUCAGGUCCGGGUAUCCUGCUAUUCAUCUCUGGCUGAGGAAUUUGUAUUGGGAUAUUCCGGCGUUCCGGGAGACGACAGAAUUCGAGCAUAUCAAGUUUCAUUAUACGAAGAGUCAUACGCAGAUUAACCAGUUUGCGAUUACACCUGUUGGCCCGGUGCCGGAUAUCUUGCCGAAGGAUGAGGAGGUUAGGGCUGUUGCUGCCGUGAAGAAGUAAUGUGGAUAAUGGAAGGAAUUUCUUUCUGCACGAUAUGUCGAUGACUAACUCUUGGAUGGCCGACGAGCUGUAAAUGAAAAUGAUUAUGCUUUUGUUUUAGUAAAAAUAUGUUCUAAGUCACUGCGGUAAAUGG